GUUGGAGAUCCUGCCUUCCCUCUCCAUAGUCCGCAUAUCGCUACUUGCGAGGUCACUGUUGCUCUUCGACUCGUGUGCCCGCGUGUGAUCUUCUUGAUACGCGCAUUGCUCGAUUCAUCCCCCCUCUCUCCAGCCCCCCAAAGAGCGCGUCACUCACCGCCACUCGCGUUCCACCCUACCACGCGCUGCCGCCCCGCGCUUGCGGAAUCGGACGUUAGAACGGCGAUCCACGUCACGCGUUCCGCGGCAGGCACGGCGCAUUCAACGCCAAGUGUCCAUCGCCCUGUUUCUGCGCGCGCGUGCUGACCCGCCAUCGCCCGGCUUCUCCGCGGCUCUCGCGCUGGCCGCCAUGGACGCGGACGUCGCAGCGGGAGCGGCGGACUCGCCGGCGGCGAUGGCGGAAUGGCGGGGGGAGGUGGCGCGGGUGGCGCGGCAGCUGUCGGACCGCGCGGCGCUGGAGCGCGCGAACGGGCUGACGGCGCUCGACGCGCUGCUGGCCGGCGUGGCGCUCGGCAGUGAGGGCGCGGGCGGGCGCAUGGAGGCAGUGAGCGCAUGCCUGCUGGCCAUGCAGGGGGGGGACCCGGGGGCAGGGGGGGCGGUGGGGGAGGGGGAAAGGGCGGAGGGAGAGGCAGGAGGCGCAGGCAAGGAAGGGCGUGAGGCGGAGAUGUCAACGGAAGGGGGAGGCGGCGCCAGUGGCAGCAACAGCAGCAGCGGCGGCAGCGGCGGCGGGUGGACGGCCAGGCAUGGCGGCUUUCUGGGGGCCGAGGUGUUGCUGCGGCAUUGGAGCAGAGUGCUUGGCGCACCGCGGGAGCAGCAGCACGAGGCGCGGAGCGUCAAGAAGGGGGAGGGCAGCAGCGGAGGGCAAGCAGGGGGGCGGGGGGCGGGAGUGGUGGCGUUCUGCAGCGGGGCGGGGGAGGCAGCUCUGAGGCGCAUGGAUGAUGAGGAGCCACGAGUCAGGCUGGCAGCAGCAGAGGCUCUCUGCGCCCUCGCUCACUACGGCUCGCUGCACGACGCCCUCACCCUCUUCAGGGCUGUCAAGGCUCACAUCAUGCACACCCUGCAGCAGCAGCAGCCGCUGCCCCCACUGCUGGAAGGGCAGGAGGAGGGGGAAGCGGAGGGGGGAAGGGAUGGGGAAGGGGAAAAGGGCGGCAAGCAGGCAGUCCUGGGGGCGCAAGAAGGGGAGGGGGAGCAGGAGGGCGCCGAUGGGGGCGUGGUGUGUGGAGAGGACGCCCCCAGUUCCCCCCGUGCGGAUCAGGCAGGACUGGCUGCCGCCAUGGGCCAGCUGGGGGGUGUGGAGGGGGUGGGGGGCGCUGGGGGUGGAGGCUGUGGAGGAAGGGCAUCAAGGGCGCAUCAUGGCGCGACUGGCAUUGGGAUGGCGGCCCGGGGUCGCAGCCUGGAGACGGCCCUGCGCUCGCUGCAGCGCCUGCUGGAUGGCGUGGGGGAGAGGCCAGGGGCAAGGGCGGGAUGUGCCGGGGGGGAAGGAAACGAUGCAAGGGAGGGGGGGGCGGGAGGAGAGGGGGGAAAGGAGGAGGGGGAGGCGGAGUGGUGUGCGGUGGUGGGGGAGAUGAGUCGGGGCACGGUAGACGCGACAGGCGCGGUGGUGCGGCAUGGCAACCGCUUCGUGCGCGAGGCCGCCAUGUUCGCACUAGCUGCACUGUGCCGCGUCAUGGGGGAGGGCCAGCUCGCCAGUCUGGGCGAGUCCAUCGCCUUGCAGCUGGCUGUUGGGCUGGGAGACAACUGGAGCCAAGUCAGAUACGCUGCGUCGGUGGCGAACCGCGGCCUGUUCCUGUCAGCAGGGGCUGUGCAUCACAAGGACCGCUACCUGCCCACGCUGCUGCCCGCCAUGGUGUUCAACCGCUACUACGGCGCGGACGGCGUGCGCAUCUACUCGCAGGACACGUGGCAGCAGGUGAUGGGCGGCGGCGGGCGGGCGGCGGUGGCGCGGCACAUGCAGCAGGUGGUACCCUUCUACCGCCAGCAGGCGCGCGCGCAGAACUACCUCGUCCGAGAGACGGCGUGUUUCUGCAUUGCUGAGGUGGCCUCCAAGAUCGACCGCCAGGUGGUGCUGCCAGUGCUGCCGGACCUGCUGCCCUGCCUCCUGCAGUGCCACUCCGACCCCGUCUGGCCCGUGCGCUGCGCCGCCUGCUCAGCGAGUGCCACUGUGGUGGAGCAGUAUGGUGACAUGGCAGCACAGCACAUUGCCACGUGGGCGCCCACAUGGCUUGCGAACCUCACAGACGUGAUCCCCGCGGUGCGGCAGCAUGCAGCGGCGCUCAUAGGCGCUGCGCUCAACACGAGAGAGACCCAGGGGAGGGCCGUUCAAAUCACUCAAGACGCCCUCCAUCGUCUGCUGCCUGCCGCCCUUUCCUCUCACUCCCCCCACUCCUCCCACUCCCACGCACACACUCACCCGCCCUCCCCUCCCUCCACCGCUGCUGCCCCCUCCUCCUGCUGCCCGGCCCACCCACACUCCUCCCCCUCGUCCUCCACUCACCACGCGCAUCCCCCUCACACGCAUCCCCCUCACACGCAUCCCCCUCACACGCAUCCCCCUCACACGCAUCCCCCUCACGCGCUUCCCCCUCACGCUCAUCCCCCUGCUGCUGCACCGCCACCGGGGCUGCAGGCUGUGCGCAUCGCCCUCAGAGACCCCGAUGCACCACCAGACCCGGCACACCCCGCCUCGAGGUUCACUUUUGAACCUCUGCGAAUUGGUGCCUCCGCUCCUCACACUCACGCGCCUGCACCCGCUGCUGCUGCUGCUGCUGCUGCUUCAGCAGCGCCAGACGCAGCUGCCAUAUCUCCACCUCUUUCCAUCCCCUCACAGCCACCAGCCACAGCACCGUCCCUCUCCGCCUCCCCUCCUUCUCUCCCUUCCACCGCCUCUCCACCCUCUGCCCCCACCGCACCCUCUACACCUAGUUGCUCGUGCCACCAGCACCACCCCCACCAGCACCACCCCCACCAGCACCACCCCCACCAGCACCACCCCCACCAGCACCACCCCCACCAGCACGCGGCCACAGCGGAGGCGUGGGAGCAGUCGGAGGGGGCGGUGCUGCUGCUGCCGUUCCUCGCUGCCGCCGCCCCCGCUGCUGCGGGCCCCUUCAUCCCCACGCUCGCCCAGCUGGCGAGCUCACCAGAAGCGGCGGCGCACGCGGCUCUGCAGGCCAGCAUCAUGCGCCGCCUGCCCGCCAUCGCCAAGGCCGUGGGCAAGCGCCAGUUCAAGCCGUCGCUGGAGCUCUUCCUCGACCCGCUCUUCGCCGCCCUCACCUCCACCCAGCCCGAGGUGGCAGCAGCAGCAGGUGCGGCAGUGGCGGAGCUGCAGCUGCUCAUAGGGCCCACCAUAUUCGAGGGACGCCUGUCCUCGUUACAGAGGGAAGCCAUGACUCGAUACAAGCACCUCAUUCACCUGCGCCCUCAGCAGCCCUCGGAGCCAGGCAUGCCGCCUCAUGCCCACCAUCGACCGGGAUCAUGAGAUGAGAUGGGUGCUUGGGCUGGGAGUUGGGCCAACGCUGCAGAUUACUUUCUUACCCUUGCGUGUGCUGGCAUGAUUUGUAUUCAAAUAGAGCAUGCUUGAAUCUCUGGAAAUCUAGUAGUUCAACAGCAUUGUGCGUCAUGCACAUUGUAGUGAUGGGUAAUUCGUUUUUUUGCCGGCACAUGAUCAUAGAACCCCAUUUGAAAUUAUGAGU